AUCGGCUGCUAUAAUCAUUUCAUGCUUAACAAUUCUACACAGCUUAAGAUCAUGGAGGAACUUAAUAUAUUUCCCCUGCUUCUUCCCCUACAGUCACGAUGCUAUUGUAAUUAGUAGGCCCUUAAUUUCCUCCAUGGAGGCCUAAUGACUCGAUUUUGAAUAAUGUUGGGUUUAAUCUGUGAUUGAUCUAGUCAUUUAAAUAAGUGUAUGGUAAUACACUUAUUUAAAUUGUUGCUGUCUGAUUUACUUUGCCAUUGUUGCUGUCUGAUUUACUUUGCCAAUCGCCUAUUUAUUAUCUUUCAUUAUUAUUAGAUACAAAUUUCACUGAAUUUCUCCGCUACAUCUAAACGAAAUCCAUUGCGCAACCAACGCUUCUAUAGCAUAGUCACUCGAUACUACUUUGAGGAAUAUCGGUUUGAUUUCGAAAGCAUCUUCGGAGGAAAGUGUUAAUAUUACAAAAAGCUGAUAUCGUCAGAACAAAAAUAACGUAUGCAAUUUUUCGAGAAUUCUUCAGUUGGAUGUCGUCAUCAAGAAUUGCCAGCAUUGCACCGUGAAUUAUUAUCACCAAAAUUAGAAGAAUGAUAAUAGUGAAAAGUGAACACUUUGACAAAUGCUUGAAGAAAGAAUAUCUAUUAACUAAACAUAUGCUGUCGUUGAGAACAGUUUUCAGAGUUGUGAACUUUUAUGUAAAAGAGGAUAUAUUAUUAUCAAAGGUAUUUCAACAUAAAAAUCCACAGGGCUGGCUAAACAAACUGUCUGUGUAUUGUAGCGACCAAAAUAGAACAACAGGUUUGAAACAAUCGGUGUGGCGAUCAAUUAGGCCCAAUUGACAUUAGCAGAACAGGGUUACAAAGACAAAAGUAAGCCAGUUUACUGGUGAUUGAGCGUAAUGGAUAACUAUAUUUGAUCAGAUAAAGUGAUAUGCAGUUUAAUAAUCAAAGUUAACUUUUUCAUCGCCCAAUUUAAAAUGUCGAACAGCAAUUACAUAGUUCCACCAUGGUCGAAUGCUAGCUCGUGUCAAACUGCUGUGUCUUCUGUGUUGAUCACAUUAUCCGUCACGCUAUCAGUCUUUGGUGUAAUGGUAAACCUACUCGUUAUUGCCGCUUUCAUGAGUCACAAGAAAAUUCGAAACCGAAUGUAUAACCAUUUCCUAAUACACCUAUCAAUAUCAGGAUUUCUCUUCGACAUUACUGUCCUGUGUAUUUUGACUUCUAGAAUCACUUGCUCUGCCAUUUGGAAUUUACAGAAAUACCUGGUGGCCUGCUGUUUCACUUACGGUAUCUUCUCUGAUCUUGAACUGACGGUAAUUGCGUGGGACCGCUACCACGCUCUCACUUCUCCAUUUCGCUACUCACAAAUCGUAACGUUUCGGCGGACGAUAUGUUUGAUCUUUGCGCUAUGGCUAGUCUCGCUUUCAAGUGCCGUGUUAUUCAUGUAUAAGCAUAACCCAAAGGUUUUAUUUCUCCCAUUUUUUGUGUGCAUAAUAGAAUGGUUGAUGAUAUUCAUAACUGCAUUUAUACACAUCCGGGUAUUCAGAAUUGCCCAACGCCACGCAAUACAGAUAAAACAAAGAAUACCUAGGCCGACUUUUUGCCACUCCGUCGGAUACUCCGUAAAUGAGGAUGUUACAGAAAAAGGCUUGGUAUUUAUGCGGAGCAAAUUUUCUAGUCGCAUAAAAAGACUUAAGUCGCUUGCUGAGCUAAGGGCUACUUACACUACAUCUAUGAUUUUAAUAGCUUUUGUAAUUUUUUGGCUACCAUCAUUGAUACGAUUGACCGUAAACUUGAUAAAACCCGAUAUUGAUCAUGAUUUCAUCAACAAUUUUCAGAAAGUUGCUAAUAUAUUGUGUGUAGUUGGCACAAUUGUUAAUCCUUGUAUUUAUUCAUUAAGAAAUAGUGAUUUUAAAAUUGCAAUUGCGAAAUUAAGAAAAUUGUGUUUGAGGGUGUAAAGAAACAAUGUUAAUAAUAUUGUGUUUUUGGGCCCUAUAAAUCAAAAUAAAAAACAUACUACAUAAAUUAAAAAAGAGAUACAAAAGGAAAUUUAGAUUUAGGAACUAUCAAAGAGCAAAGCAAAGUAAAAAUGGCUUUUAUAUAUUAAGAUAAUAUAAACAAUUAAAAUGUGCCAAAAUACAUGACAAACGAAAGGAGAAAGCCGGCCAAAAAUAUGGAUUGAGCCUAAGAUAAGAUUAAAUUCUAUAGCUCUGUCCAGAUUAUCAACCUUUUCUUUGACAAAAACUGUUGUAUGCUCAUAAUUAUAAUAGUCAUAGGCUAUGUUCUCACACGGCAGCUAACGGUUAACAGGAUCCGGAUCCUGCUAACCGUUAGCUGCCGUGCGUCCAUACGAGAAGAUCCCGAUCCGGAUGCCAAGAAUACGAUGAUCGAAUCACUUGCCAAUAAGAAACUGGAAAUUGUAAAUGCGUACGUGUGAUUGGUUGAUGAUAGACGCGCUCAGCUUGCUAACCGAUAGCGCUUGCCAACCGUUAGCGGUAUCCGGAUACCGUUAACGGUUAGCACUAACCGAUCGGGCGUUCACAGGUGCUAACGGUUAGAGCUAACGGUUAGCUCCCGAUCCGGAUACUAGGGCUCUCGCGAGAAUCAGGAUAUUAUGUACCUAUUAUGGUUAUAAUGUGAUAUUAUCAAUACCAUACCUAUAUUUAGGCAUGUGACAUGUUUUCGUCAAAAAAUAAUUUGAGAGUCUGGACAGAGCAUUAGCCAUACUAAUGAAGACUUCAACUUAAUAAUCGAUGCGAAAAGCAACUGUAAUGAGCCAUAAACAAUUAUUUCAGUCGGCGAUUUUAAUAUUAAGCUCAACAUUGAAUUAAGAUUCCUUUAAAUUAGAUUGAGAAUGAUAUAUUUAUUUACACAAUUUUUCUUAACUCAACCCAUGGGAGACAGCGUCAUCAUAUUAUAUUGAUCUAAUCUUGAAUUCUUUUCCAGAGAAACAAUUGUUUUUUGACGUUGGCAAGGUUACAAUAGGUGGCCAUAGCCUUAUAAUUGUAUUGAUAACGACACUGAGAGCAGAUAGCUCAGACGGCUAAACUGGUGAUAGACACUGUGUUUGCGCUAAACCGUUCAAUUCCCAUCGCUGCUCCCCUUGUGUUUCAGCUUGAGAGCUGAAAUGCAAGUUUGAAAAGCGCACGCCGGAUGGGACGUUUAAGCCAUUGACGCAGUGUGCAAAAUGGCCCUGCCCAAUCACCACCAGAAGGACACAACUGGAAAUAAGUCUUCUUCAAACUUUCGUGGAUUAUCCUUGGUUUUCACACCGAAUAAAUCCCCCAAUCCAAGAAUCCAACUAACCAUGAAUACUUUUCGUUAUUACAGGCACAAUAAUUAAGAAGCUUUUUAUAAUAUUGUAAAAAAUAAUACGACACUAUUCGAAUUUUUAUGAUUUAAUUGGUUCUUACUGUAAGUGAAAUUUUGAAAUAAAAAUAUUACACUUCCAAGCUUUCGUUGCUAUCUCAGCAACUUCUUCAGGAAGAUUGAUAUAAUUACACUGGUGCUAUUUAUAUAAAUUAUAUUAUAUAUAACACAUACCACCUAACGUAUAGGUAAAUAUAGCAGGGGAAUCAUGAAGAAAUGCUUUUAAAUGAGAAACCUUCAUCUAUUAAAACAAUGAGAAUAUAUAACAAAAAAAUAUCAGUGUAGGUAGCAGUAUAAUUUACUAAGUUUGUAGUAUUGUUAACAAAAAAGAUUGUAUUGUUACCAGUAUAGAUGUUAGGAUGGCUUGAUCUUACAAAGCUGAAAUUACAAAAUUUAAUAGUUAAUAAUGUAAAUAAUUUUUUCAAAUUUAGCAACAUUCCAAUUGAUCAUAGGUCCCUGACGCCAAUUCCAUUGUAAGAUUUUCGAUGUGCUCGUUUUUUUCUAUUUUGUGUUCAUGUCCGUCAUUGUAUUCUAAACGUUUUUAACGACGAAGUAAAUGAUAUGAUAUACAAUUAUGAUAUAUUUCCUAUAUAGAAAUUCGUAAUAAAGGUGGCCCAGUGAAGGACUAUUACAGAUUGAGUGUCCAGCCAUUUUAGGAUUGUGGUACCUCUAGAUGGCCAAAAAUGGCACUUUCAGACUCAAAUUUGAAUACAAUUUUCUU